AUGCAUCUUCUCCUUCCCCAGAACGAGUAUAUCGAAGAGCACAUCAAACGGCAUGGUCGGCGGUUAGACUAUGAGGAGAAGAAGCGAAAGCGGCUUGCUCGUGAAGUGCACCGUGUCUCCGCUAAAACUCAGACACUCCAUGGCUUUAAGGCGAAGCUGCAUCAUCAGAUACAACAUGCCAAGAAGGUUCAGCUGAAGAAGACGCUCAAGCAACACGACGAGCGGAAUACCAAGACUACUACAUCUACCGAGGAGUCUGGCACCGCUCUUCCCACAUACCUCCUCGAUCGUGCACAGGAAAACAACGCCAAGGCACUCUCGACGGCUGUCAAGCAGCGGCGGAAGGACAAAGCGGCGAAGUACUCUGUUCCACUCCCGAAAGUACGGGGCGUUGCCGAAGAGGAAGUAUUCAAGGUCCUGCGUACAGGCAAGGGCAAGAAGAAAGCCUGGAAACGGAUGGUCACGAAAGCUACUUUUGUCGGGGAGGGGUUCACACGCAAGCCCGUCAAGCUCGAGAGAUUCAUCCGCCCCAUGGGGCUGCGAGUCAAGAAAGCGAACGUGACGCACCCGGACUUGCAGGCAACGUUCCAACUUCCCAUCAUUGGAGUGAAGAAGAACCCACAGAGCCCCAUGUACACCAGCUUGGGUGUCCUAACAAAAGGAACCGUGAUAGAGGUCAACGUUUCCGAGCUUGGGAUCGUCACGACUGGGGGGAAGGCGGUAUGGGGCAAGUAUGCGCAGGUGACGAACAACCCGGAGAACGAUGGGUGUGUGAAUGCUGUACUAUUGGUUUGAUAUUUAGGUCUAUUUUCAUCUUGCCUAAUUUUGUACUUUGCUGCUUGCAUCUCUCUACACCUUUCAUCCGCAAUCCAUCAGCUUUUGC